AUGUAUGGUAUGUUCCAUAGUCAUAAUACCUUAGCCUCUUUAGUGGCUGUGGUUGAAGAUUUAGAUUUUGUUGAAAAGAAUCAACAUUUAACUUAUAAUGAUAAAGUAUUAUAUUAUUUACAUUUACCUCAUCAUACUAAAUUACAUAUAUCAGCAGGUCAAUUAGGAUUUAGAAAAUCUCAAAGAUCAGAAUAUGAAGCAGGAUUCCAAGUUGCUACUAAAUUAUUUAAAACCAUUGAAGAACAAAAUCUUAUUGGACCAAAUGAUAAAAUUGAAUUAAUUCUUAAAGAUUUCGGAAAAGGUAGAGAUGCAUUCCAAGCUGCUUUAUUAGGAAAGGAAGGUCAAAACAUUAGACCUAAUAUUGUUAGAAUCAGUGAUAAUACCAAACUUCAAUUUGGGGGUAGUCGUCCAAAGAAACUUCGUCGUUUAUAG